UAUGAAAAAUAUAUCAAAUAAAAUAUAUCGAUAAAUUUAAAAAAAUAAAAUCUACAUUACCGACAUAAAAUAUUUUUUGUUGCCGUAAAAUGUAUGAUCGACUGAUUCGAUCAGCUGGUACUUGACUAUAGUACAUACAAAUUUACAAGGACUAAAGGGGCCCGAGUUUCAAUAUUUCCAAUACUUUAAAUCAGUGGAAAUAAAAUAAAGGAGGGGGUAGACAUUGCUGACCAAACUGUACACAAUUUCGUAAUUUAAUAUAAUAAUAAUAGUAAUUAUAUAGAUAAUAAAGAGCGUAAAUACACAAAGAGCGAUAUGACAUGACGAUGAAUUUGAAAUGGAUUAAUGGCAGAUUGUCAAGUUAUCUUUACACACGAUGACAACCUGCUGAUGAUGCUGAUGAUCGAGCUCCUUUAAUGUCUUACUGCAAAGAUGUCAAGAAAAAGCAAUAAUAAAUUAGCAAUUGUCUCAGAAUUAUCUGGACACAUCGGCGCUGGUUCCAAGACUGGAAUUCUCGCUUCACUCACAGCAAUUAAAAAUGAUUCGAAAACAUUCGAGUUAUUUAUUGCCGACGCUGGUCUAGACAUCGUCAUUAAAUUACUCAAGUACCAAAGCUCAAAAGUACUUGACACUGCAUUGAGUAUUCUCGCAAAUGCAUUUCUUAAGGGCAGCGUCCGGGAACAGGUGCGGGAGUCGAUGAUUGCCAACAACGUGGUCUGGAUAAUAAAGAACCUGGGUCCUGGUCUGACUCUUCACUGCCGAGCAUGCAGACUUAUUGGCAAUAUGGCGGACUCUAAACGUCAUACAAAAGCGCUUUGUAAAGCUGGAGUAAUUCCAGCUCUCAAUGGAAUUAUUUCUGACGCUAAAACAAAUACUCCGACGUUGCUGAUGGCCAUACGAGCUAUCAGAAAUAUUUGGAGUAUCAACGAGCAAAGUCAUUCUGAAAUUAUAAAUUUGAAUAUGAUAAAGAGUAUCACCGAUAUUUUGGUGACUUCAAAGUCUAAGCAGCAGGACACCAGUUCAAAUAAAUACAAAGAUCUUAUAGAAACGUGUCUGAAAGCUCUGAGGUCUUUUGCUGAUACAUCGAAUCCAAAACCUGGUGAGCAAAUGCGAGGAAAAGAUUUACGCGGCUAUCAAUGCAUCGUCGAGUUGUGUAAAACUAACAGCAGAAUAUCAUUUCAAUUGCUGUACAAACUCUGUCGCGUUGCCAAUCACCGACCCGGGUUGGGCUCAGUCGGGGUCGUCGAAUGUCUGAUUGAUUUUUUGAAGAUUAAGAGAACGAAUUCAACGGCCUCGUCAUUUUCACGGGAAGUCAUCGCGAGCUUCUGUUUACUCUCCCGGGAAGCAGUCAACAGACUGAGGAUCCGCGAUGAAGGUGGACUGGAAUUGAUGCUCAAUUUACUAGCGGACAUUGAUAACGAAGCUUAUCACCCGGCGUUGCUGCACGCGCUCACGCAGUUUGUUUUCGAUGAGAACAGUAUUUCUAUAAUGAUUAAAAACGGGAUCGUCCCGGUUCUGGUGGAUCGUUUGAGACGCAUGGCGCUGGACGUGCGGCUGGAAAGCAGCAGCAGCAGCUCUGCAGACAAUACCAGUGACAGCGGGUCAACAUCUAAGAAACGCAGCGCGCGAUCGCCUCCACGUAAAAAUAAUUCAAGUGAAGUAAAGUACAAUCGCAUCAGCAGCGGAAGAUUUAGUUUAGAUUUUCCAAGUCAGUGGAGUCCUUGUAGUUCAACAUCUUCGCCAACCAGCUCACCACCUCUACCUGAUUAUGAACACGACAAUCCGACUGAUGAAGACAACUACAGUCCAGUCUGCAGCGACACUGAAGACUGGAACGACGAAGACAAUCAAACUAAUCUGGAAGAAGCUGAUUCUCUAAAGAGUUUCGCUUCCGUUGUCGGUAAAGACGAGAUGGCCGACGUUGACGAAGACCAAGAAAAUGAUCUGGUGAUGGAGACUCCUGAAGUGAAUCUGUCCCACAUGUGGACGCUGAUCCUUCUGACCGAAUUGACGCUAUGGAAUGAUCCCAUUGAAGGACUUGCCGACUCUGCAACGAUCCAAGCGCUCACUGCCUACAUGGAGACGUCGAAAAACUUCCGUGCGCCCUCGAUACUAAACAGAAUCAUCAAGAAUCAUGUCUACUUUCUUCCAUUACUCCUCCAGGGUUUCGUGUUCGAGGCGCAGCUGCUAGACAACUCCCAAGACUACUUGAAGAUCCUCUGCAAUAUUGCCGAGUCCGGGGGAGCUUUUGGUGAUGUCGCUGCUACUCUUCUCCGCGGUCGGGAAGCCGACAAGCAUAUCGUCGCAGUCUCGGUGCCGUUUCUUGUUAAAUCCCGGGACAAACUUCGCCUGCUUCUCGAUAACUACGGAGGACUGGAGCUGAUAUUCAAAUUAUUGACUGAUCGCAAGCAUCUGCUGAAUGACAACGCCGUGCUGUCGAUCUGUCAGCUGGCUAACGCACUUGGUAUCGAACCCGAGACUAUUGAGAAACGUUCAUUUGCUGAUAAGGACAACAGAGACAGCAGCGUACCCAUGGAUCAAGAUGAAAUCAUUGUUAAAAAUAACGUUACCUUUGAACUAGAUGACGGCGGGACCGUUGACGCUUGUAGGCAUUUACUGUGCAUUAAAUCCCAAGUUUUCUCGGCGAUGCUUGACGGUAAUUUUUAUGAGGGCGGCAAGAAGAGAGUUAGAUUACAAAAUGUAUCAAAAGAUGGCUUUCUUAUGUUAUAUUUAGCAGCAAGUGGUCACGUAUUUAGCAAUAAUGAUGAUGAUGAUGAUGAGAAUAAAUUUAAAAUUGAAGCUCUACUGGACGCGGUCCUUCUCGCUGAUCGUUUCCUGAUGAUAAAUGAACUGGAUAAAUUGACAGAGACUUCAUUGAUGCGUAUAAGUUACGGUAAUUUAAAUCGUGCUUGGAACUGGGCGCGUGAUAAUGACUGCGGUGAAUUUAAAACCUACUGCGUAACAAAUUUCUUAACUAAAAAAUUAUCACGGCAACACAGACUCAGUGCAUUUAGUGAUUUUAUUGGGGAUAAAAAUUUUAAUGAGUUUCUGGAAGACGUCAAAAAAAUCGUUACAUCACAAUUAUUGGAUAGACAUUAAUAUUGUUUUAAUUGUAAUUGUAAUUUAUAUUACGAUAAUUAAUCAACAUUUAUUUAAUAAAAUUGUAGAAAAAGUAAUAAAUUUAUAUCAUUUGUUGAUUGUAUGUUAAUUAACUGUAAUU